AUGACGGCUACUGAUGAUGGCGCCAUUAUCUCCGCUGGGGACAAAGCCUUGUCGUUGAUGGUUGGCGGUUCGAUCAUGGUGAUGAUGCUUUUGAUGGCAGCGGUGGGUGGUGGUGGUGACUACGUUGCGGCAUUGGUGGUCAGCUGCUCCGCCACCAGAGCCUCGUCGUUGCCCGGCCGCGGCGCGCCCCUGGCCGUCCCGCGCGGCAGCGCCUCCCCGCGCGCACCCCUUCCACCGCCAACUGGAUCACCGGCCCAGUAG